AUGGUUAGGACUGACUACCGAUAUGGUUUAAAUCCUAUAGUAGUGAAAGCAUUAACUCAUCUGCAUUACAGAUAUAGUAAUGAAACGCCAAAAAUGUGGUGCUCCCGUAUUCGUGUUUCGUUUAAGAAACUCCUUGAAUAUAACCCUAAAUUCUUCUCCAAGAAUGAAUUUAUUCACAUGACUGAAAGAGAAUAUAAAUAUGGGAAAUUCGGACCUGGAAGACGUACAUUUCAUAUUUAUUGCACUGCAUGUGAUUCCUUAGUAUUUAUCUGUGAUAAUACUGAGAAAUGCGCAAAUAAGCAUCUGAAUGAAUGCAUUGCUAAAAUAGAGGAAAGGCGUAUCGCGUAUGUUAGAUCUGUAUUAUGGAAACGAAAAAGUAAAAAAUGGCUUAGUGAUAAUGAAAUUAAUGAAAUUUAUGAUAAUAUUUAUUUUAGAUACAGAAAAAGCUCUGAAUGUUAUUGUCGUACUUCAAAAGAAAUUAGGAAAAAGACUGCAUAUCAUAUAUUUAAUAAUGCAAAAAUUAUCCAACGGGCUUGGAGAGCUUUCAAGUUGAGACCUGAAACUUGGGCAAAACGAGUUUGGAAUAUGGUGAGAAACGAUAAUACUCCUGACGAGAAGAAGUAUUUAG